CCCCCGCCCCAAAGGCAGCUGCGCGCCAAUCUCAGUUCAUCCUCAACUUUGGCGCCACGCUGCAUCCACCUGAGAGCACAAAUCCCGUUUGGGGAAUUAGGGCUGGAUCCAUCGUCAUCAUCAUCUGAUGUCCAAAUCCCUCGACGAAGGAAUGGCUAACUUCUCAGAGCAGCUCCAAGAACUCAAAGCCCUAAUUUCAUCAUCUUCGCUGCCGACCAAAUCCUCUGCAUACUCGGCCCUUCUACACCUCCAAGAACAGUCCUCUACCGACCUUUCUUUAGUUCAAACCCUAGCAGAAGCAUCUCCCACUCUCCUCUCUUCGAUCCUCUCCGAUGUAUUUCACCAGGACGAAGAAAUUGCUGCACCGGCAUUGAAGUGCUUGGGCUUCACCAUCUACCAUCCGGUCCUUGUUGCUGCCAUUUUGGAGGAUGGUGCGAAUGAAAUCUUGGAGUCACUGGCCAAACUCAUUACAACCACCAAAACAAAGUCUGUUUGUAAUUUAGGAGUGUGGUGUAUAUCUAUUCAACAAUUCAAUGCAUCAUUUCUCACUGCCAACUUCCAUUUUUUGUUGAGAGCUGUUGUUCAUGCCCUUGACAAUCCAAUCAGUUCCCUAUCAACAACAUUUGAGGCCAUUCAGGCUGUGAUGAAGUUAUCAGCUCAAUUAAGUGAGGAAAUGAGAGAUGCAUCUAAUAUAUGGGCUCCUCCAAUAUACAGAAGACUUGUCAGUGUUGAUAAGAGGGAAAGAGAUAUGUCUGAAAGAUGUCUGUCAAAGAUUAUCUCUACAAUUGUUCCUCCCCCAUUAAAUCUAUCCAAGGAAGUUGCCCUAGAUUUAAAGCAAAAAUUGCUUCCUGGGAUGAAGGAACUACUAAGCCAUGGUAUGAAAGUUCAAACAAUGCAAGCAUGGAGGUGGUUUAUGCGCUUACUAGGAUCUUAUGCUGUGAGGAAUAGGCAAUUGGUUAAUGAAUUGCUGAAAAUUCCUGAGCAGACAUUUUCUGAUCAUGACCCACAAGUCCAAAUCGCCACACAGGUUGCCUGGGAAGUUCUAAUUGAUGCUCUCAUUCACUCUCCAGUUCAAGUUUGUGGAGCCAAUGCAGCUGUGAGGAAUUGUGUUCAACAAGUGGCAACUUCUGUAGGAAAUAGUAGUGAAAUCCAAGUAGAUAUGUUAUCAAAAAGCAUAAAACUGAUAAUGACACCCCUAAUAGGAAUCAUGUCCAGUAAAUGUGAUCUGUCUGUUCAUUCAUCUUGCCUGAACACAUGGUGUUAUCUUCUACAUAAGCUUGACACUUGUGUCAACUACCCUGUGGUAAUGGAAAAUGUUGUGGCUCCCAUAUUUGAAGCAGUGUUUGGAAUGGGGCCUGGUAGCAAGAGCAUCUGGUUAUGGAAUCUCUGUCUUGACAUGCUUGGUGAUUGUCUAUUAGCAAAAUGUAGAGAUGUUGACUUUAACCAGGGAAGCAAUCAUAUGUCUGCUAGAACAACUCUGUUUGGACCUCCAACAUCUGGCUACUCCUGGAAGAAUUAUCCUGUUAAAUGGUUGCCAUGGGAUCUCAGUCGGUUAGAUUUCUAUAUAAAGAUGGUUCAUAUAAUUCAUCUGAAGUCAGUGGCAACUAUCCCUAGUGAAAACAGAGGUAUGGCAUCUGAUGCCGCGUUAAGGAUAUUUAGAUCUAUUUUGAAAGGAGUCAAAAUUGAUUUAAAAAAUCCAUCCACUUGUUAUGAUGAGAUUAUGCUGUGUUUGAAUACACUACUAAGGUUCAUCAAAGAAAUAUGUGAAGUGACUUCCGAAGGUACCAGUCUGCAUCAUACUUCCCUCCAAUUUGUAGAGGCUGUCACAGAAGAAUUAGAACCUUCUGUAUUGGGAUGCCCUCUUUACAAGGUGGAAUUAGACCUCGAGUGUAUUUCCAGUUUGCAACCAAUUAAUGACACUAGACACAUGAAAGUACAAGGUAUUAACUUUAUUGCUCAUAUGGAUGCGGUUUCUCCAAUAGUUCAUUUAACUGUACUCUACUUCUCUGUCUUGGUUAAGUCAUUUAGGGCACACAAAGUGGACUUCGUUCUACAGGGAGUACAUAGAUUCACUAAACUUUUAGUUUGUUCCUUCAAUUCUCUGGAACCAUUCCACACAGUUAUUGAUUUGAUGUAUAGAAACAUGGAAUACAGCUGGUUAGAAGUAUGGGCAGUAGUAGCAAAGGCUAUUGAAGACUACAUGGAUAGUGUAAAGGAUUUAAGAAAAUUGAAAGCAGGGUCUCACAGCAGCAGUUAUUCUACUGUAUGCCUCUUGUUGUCCUACCCAUUUGUUGUAUUUACUUGUCCCCCAAAACGAUUGACCUCAGUGAAGCCUACUGGCUCAUCUGACCUAUCUCUUGCUUCAUCACCCAAUAAGCUGGAGCUUGAAUGUGUUAUUGAGGUGUGGAAGUCACUCUAUCAUUCUGUUAAUUGUUCCUCACAGUCAGUCUGUUCCACCGGAAACAGUUUUCCCGAGGAUUUAUCUUCAGUGUUGAAUGGCUUUCUUGAUGAAAAUAUUAGCAUGCUUGAGUGUGGCACUGAGACUGAUUCAAGUAAUAAGAACCAGUAUCUUGAUUUCCCCUAUCAGUUGGGUGAUGCUGUGCUUUGUGUUUUGGAACAAAUCCUGAUUUUGAAAGGAAGCGCAGGAGAAAAAGGAAACAGCAGUAAUAGCGACUCCAUGAGAAUUGUUAGCAUUAGAUAUAGCUUGGGACUUGCUGCCAGAUUCAUGCGUCUAUCACAUCUGUCGAAAAAUAAAUGGGCAGAUCUACCAGCUGGUCUUUUUGCAAUGUCAAGGGUAUUUUCUGCUUUGGCACGACUUGUUGGCUGCCUUCACUGGAAGCAUGAUAUCAUUUCAUUUGUUGAGAUAUUAUCCUGCCCACUGCUUCCAUGGCUUUCUCAACAAGAAAUUCAGGAUGAAAACACAGCGCACCAACUUCAACUCUUGUGGACUGAAACUCUUAAUUGCCUAAAGAGGAGCUGGCCGCCAAUCAACUUUGAUUCCUCAUCACUAAGAACUCAAGCAUCCCUCCUUGAAAAAACUCUUGAUCAUCCAAAUCCCUCUAUUUCAAAGCCUACCAUCAGCUUUUGGAAUUCCACAUAUGGUGAGCAAACCAAUUUAGAUUUUCCCCAAAACAUUCUUCAUGUCCUAGACAAGCUCUCGAGAAGUGGAAGACUACAACUCUGCAAGAGAAGCCCGCCAUCCCUUGAAAAUGCUCCUUCUAGACAAGAAGUCAUCAUUGCACCACAUAGAUGCAAAGUGGCUGCAACACAUAACAGGAGUUCGAAAAGAGUAGAAUUAAUGGAGGAUGCAGCAAAUGGUGUUGAGGUCGAAGAUAAUGGUUUGAAAAGGAAAAGGAAAAGGAAGGAGCUAACAGAGCAUCAAAAGGAAGUGAGACGAGCACAGCAAGGAAGGGAAAGGGACGGUGACGGGCAUGGUCCUGGUAUCAGAACUUAUACAACUGUAGACUUUUCUCAAGGGAAUGAUGACUCACAAGGAAGCCAGGAAAUCCGAGAUCCAGAGUCCAUACUGGAGAUGUUGAGAAGAACUUGCUAGGAGUUUCCUACUACUGGGCAGGGUGCAGCCCCUAUGGUUAAAGUUAAAUGACUUUUAUGUUGAAGGUCUCCAAUUCGUAACUUGAGAGGUGUGAAAGGAGUAUGAAAUGAGAGAUGGAUUACAUGGCAUAGCUCAGGUCGACAUCCGAUAGAUGAAGAGUGCCUAAGUUUUUGUUUGCUCCUUGGGUUAAUAAAGCCUCCUGUUAGGUGUUUUAUUCUGUAAAAUAUGUUGUUUUUUUUUUUUCAUAAACUAGUAAAUAUCUCAAUGUCAUGUAAUUCACUAGAUUGUAGAUGUUUUGAAUAAUAUAUUUAUGUGAUUUUUAAUUGUUAAA